AUGGCGCAGGAGCCGCCUUUGGAUGAGAUACAAUGGCGAUCUCCCAAGGCUCAGGAAAUGGGCGGCAUCCACACUAACACCGUUCUUCCCUACUUCGCCGAAUCGCCGUUCUUCGAUGCCACUUCCAACAACGCCAUCCUGACUACGCAAGCGCUCUACAACCCCAACAUGUUCUACAUUAUCCAGACUCGCGAAGCUUUUGAGGGCAGGUUGCGAACGAUGCAAGGGCUGGAAUUCAUGGUCACCCAUGACCCGUCUGAGAACGAUUCCAAGCAAGACCAUAGCGGGGUCUGGGUUAUACGGAAGCAGAAUAGGCGUAAGAGACAGGGCGCGCCGGACGAGGUCACGGGAAUCAGCUCGUACUAUGUGGUGGGGGAGAAUGUUUACCUGGCGCCUUCGGUGGGGAAUAUCCUUGGUAGUAGGCUGCUCUCGACAGUCGCCUCCCUCACCAAGCUACUCUCCACAGCGUCUUCCCUUCCCAGCUUCACCCCUUCGCUUGGCCAUACAUACCUCCCUCCAGUAUCAAAAAUUCCUACACCCGGUUCAAGCUUCCAGGCAACCCAGGCGAGCAAAGAGGGCACACCGAUGCCGGCAGGAGGCACACCCUUGCCGGCAACGCAAGAGACUACUACCAGCGCGAAAACUUCUAAAGUUACUUCGGACAUGGGCCUCCAAGGCGUCCACAUGCUAGCGUACUCCUACGAUCUAUCUGACCGCUACGCAAACGAGUACAUGGACGAGAAUCCUAUCGUGGGCGAGCCGGGGUCAUUCAAGCUGUCGAAAUCGCACAACACUUCUUUGACAACGUCUAUGAAUACGUCAAAAACCUCCAGCCAAGCCCAAGAAGUGUCGAAACCCUCAAGCCAAUCACUUGAGGUGGCAACUCCGGCGAAGAGUGCAGCACCGACGCCGCAGCUGAAGACGGAGGACUUGCCAGCACCGCUCAGAAAAUCAACAAAGAGCAGCGAGAAGAGUCCAACCACACCAGGAACCAAGGAGAAAAAGUCGAGGCGAAAGAGCAAAGCUGCCGGCGACAAAGGGGCAACAACGCCGAAAGCCACGACCCCUAAGCCUACUACGCCAGGAUGA